AUGUCAAAUAUUGUCUUUGGGGAUGGUGAUACCUCAGAAACCACAUUCCCAGAAGGCUACCCAGACCUCAGAGCUGUUCCAUCUCCCCCUACAGGCCAAGAUGACUCUUACAAGAACUUGGAAGAAGUUAACCACAAUCUCCUCUUUGGCGUUACUCCUUUGCCCACUCUUUUCAAUGUUCCCAUGACCAAUCAAACCCCACAGCCUCCGAAGGAAAUCAAUACAAUCUGCAAUGAUCUUCAGGCUAAGCUUGAGCUUGAUCCUGAACAUUUGAAGAUUGCGACUAUGGCAGCAAAGUACUAUACCAAAGCAGGCACCAAACAUGCCUCCUCCGUUUUUGCCAUGGGAGCUUAUAAUCAGCUCAGUGCAACUCAAUCUCUUGCAAUCGUUGCUAAUCAUGUCUACGAUUCUACAUUCAAGGAAUUUGUCAGGAUGAGGACUCGAAUGAUCCUCCUGAUCCCAAACCUUGAGGCGUACUCAAACAACCCCCACAAACAUGGAGUCCUGGCAAGAACACUAUUCUACCUUGUCCUUGAUGCAGUUGAUAAACAGUCUAACGAUUGUAAGGAGGAUCACCUCAAACCUGCUCAGUUGCAGCCCAAUUCAUAG